UUCGGCUCCUGGGUGAUUGACUGCAAAUUAUUUAUUCAACUAUUCGCAGUAUUUGUAUUUAAUCUUGAGAUGGAGAUGAAAUUGGACAGAGUGUGGGACUCGGAGUGUUUUAGCUUUCAGCAUAAUCUUCACAAAUCUCACAGUAUUGGUCAGUCAGACUUGGACAGUCCAGUCAACAAUGAUUCUCACACAUCAUCAAACGACGAAAGCGAUGGACCUUUUCUUGAUACUCUUCCGUAUCGUCUGAAUACUUUUCGGCGAAAUCGUGAGCUUUGCGAUGUGGUUCUUUUUGUACAUGAAAAAGAGAUUCUUGCUCACAAGGUUGUUUUGGCAGCUUGUUCGCCAGCGCUGAUGGAUAUGUUCAUUGGCAGUGAAAGCAUGAAAUCGCUACAAUCGCUAAGCCCAGGUUCGCAAUCACCAUCAACACUGUUUUCAAAGCCUUUACCAAAUGCAUCAAAACUGUCGCCAACGAAUACUGUUGGUACAGUAACUCCACACGGCCCCGCUUCACCAACAUCACAGCAACGGCCGGCACUGUCCUAUUAUGAAUUUGCUCAUGCCGAUUAUGAUUGCUUCGAAGCAAUUGUCAGUUACGCAUACACUGCUCAGUAA